UGCAGGAUGAAAUUCUUUCCCUUCUGGGGAAUGAUAAAAAACCGGAAACGGUCUUUGGGGGACCAACUAAACCAACAUUUUAGCAUCUGGUCUCAGUGAGGAGACCUGUAAAAAAUUAUCAGCUAAAUACUUGCCUCCAAGUAAUUGCGUGCUGUUGUGCCCACCACGCAUUAACCCGGAAGUAAAACUUGCUUCCUCUGAAUCAGUUUUAAGAAGGGAUGUGCGGUUGUCUGAUCUGCAACAGCAAUUGGGGGCCAGUUUAACCGCAAUAGGUGUAGCCUUAACCAGUCUCUUAGAAAACUCAACACCUGAUAAUAAAAAGUACAUACACCUGCUUAGUGAUGCAGGUAGAAUAUUGACUAAUAUAUGUCAUUCGGAAUCAGUAUCCCGCAGGGAACUGAUAGCAAUCAACCUUAAUAAAGACCUUAAAGGCAUUUUAACAGACACUCCAAUUACGGAGUUUCUCUUCGGAUCUGACUUAGAUAGCAAGAUCAAGUCACUAAAGGAGCUAGAAAAAUCAGGACAACAAUUAAGGGUCCAGAAAAGACUUGUACGACUUUCUACUCAGAUAUUAGCAAAAGCUUCAACUUCCAGAAACUUCAGGAGUCCACCUGCUCGAAAGUAUGGAACCAAGAGCAGUGGACAGUCCAAUCAGGCUCCGGUGAACUUGACACACAGAAAAACUCGACAAUUUCAGGGAAGAAAGAUGGACAACAAGACCAAUCAGCGAAGUCGUCAGUAUCCGUACUAGACACACAGGUCAGUGAGUCCUGUGGGCGUUUAAGAAAUUUUUCAAAUAGAUGGAGAAAAAUUCCUGCGUCCAAUAAAAUAUUAUCACAUAUUAGAGGAAUUAGUAUUCCAUUUUAUAAGAAAGCAAGACAAUUAAAAAAACCAAUAGAAAAUAAUUGGUCGUACAGGGAAAGUCAAAUUAUAGGGGAUUUAUUAAAACAGUUAUUACAGCUAGGUGCAAUUUCUGUGGCAAAAUACUGCAAAACCCAAUUUGUUUCAAAAGUUUUUACUGUAAGUAAGCCGAAUGGUUCACAUCGUCUAAUCUUAAACCUCAAAAAAUAGCUUCAUGUGUACAGUUGACCUUAAAGAUGCGUAUUAUUUAUUACCCAUACGGUUAUCUCACAGAAAAUUUUUGCGAUUUACCUUUAAAGGCACACUGUAUGAGUACAAUUGUUUACCCUUUGGGUUAAAUUGUGCCCCUCAAAUCUUUACAAAGAUCCUAAAACCUGUUAUAAAAUUCCUGAGAGAGAAAAAUGUUAUUUUGGUAGUUUACUUGGACGACUUUCUAAUCCUAGGCCAAUCUUUUGAUGAAUGCAUGCAUAACGUAAAAUUAACUAUAAAUUUACUUAACUAUCUAGGGUUCCUAAUAAAUUAUGAGAAGUGUAACUUAUUACCUAGUAACAGUUGUGCUUUCUUAGGGUUUAUUUAUGAUUCAAAUACCAUGUCGAUCUCUCUCCCAGACGACAAACGGGAACGAAUACUUAAAAUACUAAAACGCCUAUUAAAAAUAUCUGAAUGCACAAUUAGACGGUUUUCAAGGUUUCUAGGAACCAUCGUCUCAGCUUGUCCAACAAUCAAAUACGGUUUUUUACAUACAAAAAUUUUUGAACGUCAAAAAAUGUUAGCCUUAAAAAAAUCAGGAGGAAAUUACAAUGCACUCAUGAAAAUUUCCGCAUAUUUGAUAGACGACCUGAAUUGGUUCAUUAAAAAUGUUCCAAAAUCUUUCAAUAACAUUCGAGUCGACAAGUACCAUAUGGAAAUUUUUACGGAUGCUUCGGGUUCAGGCUGGGGAGCUUAUUGUAGGGGUAACAGCACUCAUGGUUUCUGGUCGGAUGAGGAAAAAAAAUUCCAUAUCAAUUACCUCGAACUCUUAGCAUUAUGCCUAGGUCUUCAAUGUUUUACAUCUAAAUUAUCAAGCUGCAAUCUUCUUUGUCGAUUAGACAAUACCACAGCCGUAGCCUGUAUAAAUAAAAUGGGAAGUGUCCGUUUUAAACAUCUACAGGAAAUUACAUCUAGAAUUUGGAAUUAUUGUGAAGAACGAAAUAUACACAUUUUAGCUAGUUAUAUCAACACCAAAGUCAAUAGAGACGCUGAUAUCGCGUCGCGUCAACAACAUAGAGAAACAGAAUGGAGUUUAUCGGUUGACGCUUUUCAAGAAAUUGAGACAGUUUUUGGAAAAUUAUCGGUCGAUCUUUUUUGCUAGCAGGAUAAAUAAAAAAUGUCAAGUUUUUUUCUUGGGUAAGAGAUCCAGAGGCAUUUGCGGUGGAUGCAUUCACUGUUAAUUGGAAAAAUCUUAAUUUCUAUGCGUUUCCGCCUUUUGCAUUGAUCUUACGAAUGUUACGAAAGGUCAUGACAGAUGAAGCUGAAGGAGUGGUAGUCGUACCCCUCUGGACCUCCCAAACAUGGUUCCCAGUAUUUCAAUCAUUACUUAUUGAAGAACCUAUCAUUUUCAAACCUAAAAAAUUUUUGCUCUCUUUCAACAGAAUUCCACACCCCUUAUAGGAGACUUUUUCCCUGGUAGCAGGGAAAUUAUCAGGAAAGCCCUCUCAUUAGGGGAAGUACCACUGGAUUCUUUGGAGAUAUGCCUGCUAUCAAUAACACAAAAUACCUUAAAGCAAUAUUCUUGCGGCUUAAGGUUGUGGUGGGAGUUCUGCACUAAAAACAAUAUUAACGUAUUUUCUAUAAAAAUCCCACGUGUUUUACAAUUUUUAACGGAUCAGUUUAAAAAGGGUGCUUCUUAUGGUUCACUUAAUAGCUACAGAUCGGCGCUAGCACAGAUAGCGGGUCCGAACCUGGCACAAGACUUUAGGAUCAAGAGAUUCUUCCGAGGCGUCUUUAGUUUAAGACAGCCGUUACCCAGAUAUGAAAAUACAUGGGACCCUGGCAUAGUGGUUGAUUACUUUAGAUCUCUUGCCAGUAAUCCUAUUACUCUUGAAUUCCUUUCAGAAAAAUUAGUUACUCUUUUAGCACUUGCUACAGGGCAGCGUAUUCAAACAUUAAGUCUCAUUGAAAUUAGUAACAUAUUAAUCCACCCUGAUCGGAUCGAGAUAAAAAUUCCUCAUAGAA